AUGUCUCAUGUCGCUCAGGCCGUGGAGACCUCGAGAACGUGGAAUCGAGAUGGCUUCAUGAUAUCCACGGACACGGCGUUGAUCCCUAUCGACGCUCUGAACAAGGCUUUUGCCUCGGAGGAUAUGUACUGGGCCGCACCACUUCCUGAACCGGUCAUGCGGGAUAUGCUGGAGAAUUCCCUGUGCUUUGGCCUCUACUCACCGACCCCGGCGCCACCCCCGUCGGCGGACCCCAGUCACCAAGAGACCGACCUGACGCCCUCUGACCCUGCAGAAACGUUACACGAGAUCGCGACGUCCGUCAAGUCAGACGUGGACAGCGGUACCACCACAACCCAUGCAGUGCCAGCAGGAGCACGGCGAGAGAAUCAGGGGCCGUCCCUGAUUGGCUUCGCCCGCUGCAUCACCGACCGCGUCAGCCUCGUCUAUCUGACAGAUGUGUACGUCCAGCCCGAGUGGCAGGGUCAGGGGUUGGGGAAGUGGCUCAUCAGCUGUGUGCAAGAAGUCAUUGAGGACAUGCCCUACUUGCGACGCAGUCUGUGCAUUAUCGGCCAUGGAAAGGAGCGAAGCAUGGAGUUCUACGGCAAAUUGAUGAAGAUGACGCCGGUCCAGGAGCCCGUGGCGGUUCUCAACUGGAAAGGGCCGGGGAACGUGUUCUAA